AUGGCGUCGACGGGCGUGGACGACGAACGCACGCGGGCGCUGCGACGGGCGAUGCUCGCGUCGAUGGCGCGGGCGUCGGCGGUGGGGCGGACGGUGGACGCGGACGUGCGGGACGCGGGGAGUCGAUUGGCGCUCGCGCUCGCGCAGGGGGGGGCGGACGCCGAGGCGGCGGACGCGUUGGCGUUCGUUGGGUUCACGCAUCGGCUCGGGAAGAAAGUAUUGAGGUACGAUGAUGCGUGUGAAGGAGAUUCGAGCGUUGCGGCGGUGGACGAGGCGGGAUCGACGAUCGUGGCGGCGCGCGACGGCGCGGCGCGUGAAAGUACGAUGCGGACGCUUCGAAGCGCGUUCGUCGGGCGCGAGCGCGCGUUUUGGCGAGAACACGGGUACGAUGACGACACGUGUGGAUUUUUCAGUUAUGUUCACGACCUGGAGUCGCCGUCGACGAACGCGAUGGACGUCGCGGCGCUGGACGUGCGGAGAGUGGCGGCGAAGAGUUUUCCGCGCGCGGCUCGAGCGCGCUGGGUCGAGUGGUGGGCCCAUAAACGACCGCACUCGCACGGACAUCAGAUGCACUUCGACUCGCACGAUGAAGGUUUGAACGGGAUCAAGCAUCCGAUCUGCUCCGUCGUCGUCUUCGUGGACGGAUCGUGCGGCGGGCCAACGUUGGUGACGAAUCAAAAGGAUGACGCGAGUCGAUCGUCGCUCGCCACGCGAGGAUGGCUCGUGCACCCUCGCGACGGUCGCAUCGUCGUCUUUGACGGUGAUUAUCUCCACGGCGUGAUCCCGGGAAGACCUGACUUCGCGCCGGCGAAUGAGGAAGACGCUCGAAGAGUCACCGUCAUGUUUAGCUUUUGGGACGACAUGGAGACGCACGAGACGUGGAAACCAAAGGGAAGCGCCCGGCCGUUUCCCCCACCCGACGCAUCCAAAAUAGAAGGAUACUCCUGGAGAGCCGAUUUCGAUCUCGACGAGAACGCGAACGACGAGGACGAACCGAGAGGCGAACCGGCGCCCGUCGUCCCAGUGGACCAUCCGUGGGAGCGCGUCCGCGACGACGACGAUGCCGAAGAAGACGAAGAAGACGAACCGAACGUGAAGCGCUGUCGAACGACGCGCUUCCCUUCCUACGAUGAAUGUUUCCAGGGAUUCUAA